UCGCCUCUACGGUAUGCCUUUUCGCGGGGGUAUCUUGAGAUUGUAGACGUUUUGCUUGGCCAUGACGGAGUAGACAUCAACUUGCAAGACAGUCGAGGUUGGACAGAAUUACAUUCUGCCAUAGAAGCACCUGAAGCAUCGCAUUGUCGUAACAUUGUUCAAUUACUCCUGGAUCAUCAAGAGGUCAACGUCAACGCCAUGACCAGCGACGGACAAACAGCUCUCCACCUUGCAGCUGGUCGUAACGGCCACGAAGUUGUUCAAAUGUUCCUUAGCCAUCAAGAUGUCAAAGUCAAUGCUGUAAACAGCGACGGGGAGACCGCUCUCCACCUUGCA